CAUAUAAACAAAAAUUUGAUUUGGCAAAAAAGUUUUGUGCAUUGUGCGAUUUGUGUAACUGAAAUCAGCUGUACCGAAAUUUUUAAUUCAGAGUUUUAUUCUGUGAAAUAAUGUCAACCUACGUGAAGACGCAUUAAAUAUGGAUGAAUCUGCAAAAAACUUGGAAAUCUUGAGGCGAGUGAGCGGAGUUGAAAUCGGCGGGCUGUGGCUGUUGCACGAUGAAUCGUUCAAGGAAUUUUUCGAAUGGUUCGGUCAGUCCGUGACAGAGGAUAACUUAGCAUCAGACAGUAUGCUCCGGGAUUAUGCAGAUCUGGAACGCAGUGGGCUUGUGCUAUCGGAGGAUGAAGUUCGGGCGGAACUUGAAGUGCUCUGCAAAGAUUACGCAAAUAUCCUGGAAUACAAUGAGGAUGAUGUGGAGAUUUAUGAAGAACAGCUGGAUGAGUUAGUGAGCAUUGAGGAGCAAUAUGAGCAAUUAAUAUCCGCUGCAAAAGUGACUGAAAAGGGAUUAACUAAGGAACUUUCCGAGCUGGACAUGAAGCUUAUUGAUGCUGAUUUCAAUCAAGGAAAGAUCUCAAGUGAAUGCAUGGAGAAGGCAAAAUUUAUUGAGGACAUACAAUCCAGUUCGCAGCAGCAGAUUUUUGAAAUGCACCAAUGCUACGUUCAAGCUCAAAAUCCUCCGUUGUUCAUCUAUCAGAUGCCUAUUGAGCAGUUCAACAUGAAAUGUGACCAGUUUCUCAAGUAUCUGGAAAUGUACAUACGGAAGCAUUUUUCUGUGCGGGAUUCCAACGAUUCGGAUAACGAGAAUGACCACAAUCAGCGGGACAUAAUUAUACAGUUGGAGAGUAUCAAGUCUCGUUUGGAUCUGGAGGAGGGAAAGCUGACAGAUGCCAGCAAGGAAUUCCAUGGACUGAAACGAAUGAUGGAGCGCUUUCAGGACCUCAGUUGGCAGCCUAUGAAAAUUGAAGUAAUGAGAAAAUAUUGUGCUGAAUUGAAAUCUGCCAACGAACAGGACACUCUCCGGAUCGAUGUCCUCAAGCAGGAACUAGAAAUGUACAUUCGCCAAAUGAACGAGCACCGAAUCGAGUACAUCCUCUACGAUAACAGCAAAUUGAAACUAGAGCGAGCCAUCAGUCGACUGGAGUACAUCAAGAAACUCUCCGAGAUCGUGUCGAGUGCACUGAUGAACGCAGAAAUGUUGUGGAUUUUGAUGCAGCUGGAUUUGGAGAAGAUGAAGAACAAAUUCGACAACAGCGACGAGAUGAAUGCGGAAACUCAGUUUAGUCUAAAACGCAUUGAAGCGAUGAAGGCACUGGACCGAAACAAUGCCGAAGAGGAAGCACUGGAAGAGUUCACCAACCAGAUGGCUUCCCUCAUGGGUGCGUUGAAUUUGAGUCAUUCUACGUCUUCGCUGGCGAUUGAUCGAUCGUUGAACUUGAAAAACAACUUGCAAGAAUUUGUGGACUUUCAGAAACGAACGUUCAAAACUUUGUCAUCAGUUGUAAACGGAAAGUUCUACAAGAAUAUGAAUGAAACAAUUGAAAAUCUCAACGAAAACGAAAAAGUGUUGACCAGAUACGUUUUUGAUGGUCCGGUAAACAGACCUCAGUUUUUCGAUCAGCAGUAUCAGGAACGAAUGCAACGGCUGACGUUUGAAAUGGAUCAGAUUGAAAAAGAUCUGCGGGCAUUAAAGACUGAUUAUCAACAGAACAUCAACGAACCGAAGAACAAUAAAUACUGGCGCUACAACCAAAACCUGUGGGUGUGGUUUCUGACGGAGCCAAAAAAGGUGGCGGUUGCCAUCAAAGAAGUGACUGCGGCUGCAUCACAGAUGGCUGCCUACAAGAGCAUCUCCGGUCUCAAGUGCAAGUCCAUAGCCGACGAAAUGAAGUUCUGAUAGCUGACAGCAAAGUGUGCAUCCACUCUAAAACUUUCCCGGUGAUAUUAACUUGCAUUACCUAAAGGUUUUAUGACGCAUUUCGUCCCUUGUUAUCGUAUGUGGUACAUUAUAACAUAUCUCUUACUGCAUGUCAACAUAAAA